GACUUUUAAAUUAUUUAUUUUUUAAAUAUAUUGUACAUUAUAUUCUUAAUAUCUAAUUUUUUUUAACCUAAAGGACAGCUUUAAGUCCUGAAAACAUUAUACAAUAGAUAGAAUAGUAAAUAAACAUCCUUCCUUGUUCAAUUCAAAGUAGAACCGUAGCGUUUAGGUCAUUCCGCUUCAAUACAUAAAAAACUCUUCGAACUUUGUUUUCGAAACUGAAUUUUUUUAAUUUGAGCGUGUACUCAAAAGCUACCGCAGAAAUCCAAUUACAUAUAUGUAUGUACUUAUGUAGGAGUAUGUACCUUCACAACAAACUAAUAACGGGUUUUUUGAUAUUAUUUCACAAUUUUUCUAUAAAAAAUUUUCUGCUAAAAUUUUCAGUCCAAAUUUUUUUUUUACAGGUCCUUCAUUUACUAGAGGUUCUUAUUUAAAUAUGAUCUUAAUUUUUAGAUUAAUUUAGAUUGAAUUCCUGAAAUUACCAUCUCCUGUCGGGCUCAUAAGGGUGAUUUCGAAGGUUGUUCGAGUAGCCGCCAUUUUCUAUCCAAAUCGCAAUACUAACUGGGAGAAGAAACUUCAUGCCUUUGUUCUAACGAGUUUUAUCAUUUGGUCUAAUUGUUGCACCGUGUACGAUCGCAUAAACACACUCCCAUUCAAAACACCCCUUAUUUAUUCUACCAACCUUUAUAUUGCCUAUUUACUUAAUGGUUUUUCAUGUUAAUGCCAACUUUUCAGCACACUGUGCGGCGCCAUGACUGACGCAACAACUUUAGGCGCUGGCACCGAAUAUGUGGCAUUUCUCAGCGCCACCUCCCUAUCGCACCGCCGUUUCAUCGCCAUUCUUCAAGACCUCGCGCUGUUACUAUAGCCGUUGACUAUUUCGACUUUUGUUCAUUUGCGCCGCCAUCGCCAUACACUACGCUCCCUUUAGCUUACCGACGUAAAUACACAUGCCUAUCGUAGUUUACUUAAUAUCGCUUGUUCGGCGCUCACAUGCUAAUCACACAUACUCGCGGCAUACGCGCUCACAACCGCUUGUGAGUUACGUGCGCAAGCGAUUACCGCUCAUGACACCGCACCGCCGCGCCACACUUGACAUGGUGUAACAAGCACCCAAGCGGUUAGGUACUUUCACGGCGACGGCAAAGACGAAAAAACCCAAACAAACAAACAUGAAAAUAGCACAUUAAAAGCAAAUCGAAAACUACAACAACGACGACGGCGAGGGCAAGGCGGUGACAGCGCUGAGGCGAGUCAUAUAAGUUUAAUAUUUAUUUUUGCUGUCUUUGGCUCAGUUGUUCGGCGACAUUUAAAGUGAAUUAACGCUUUUCUGUGGUGUAUCCACGCACGCAAAGACGCGUCAAUAAGUUGCGCGCGCGUUUCGCAAGUCUUUCAUAGUCUGCCUUUUUUCGAACGUCGAACGUUUCAAAUACUUGUAGUAUCAGCGUAGUCGCUUAGAACGUGCGCGAAUUUCAUGUGCAGAAAUUAAAAAAUGUAUAUUUUAAAAGUAUAAAUUUUUUCGAAUACGAUUUUGAGCGUGUCAAAAAGUGUGUAUAAAACUUAAACUCUAAUCACUCAUGUUGAGGACGCGUAGCGCUUGGAUGAUUUUGUGAAUGCUGCGAACGUAGCGCAUACCGAAAAUGCGCAGGACUACUUUUUAAGUUGUGAAUAUAUAUUUUUUAAUUUUCGAAGUUAUUAUUUUGGUUUUGUUUUGGUACACAUGCCAGUUUUGAAUUGACUACAAUUUUAACGGUUAUAAAAAUGAUUAUUGUGCGCUCUUAGCGUUUUUUUCGCGUUUUACAAUAUUUGUUUUGCUUUGUUGUUAUCUGAUAGUUUUAUUCGCCUUGUCAUUGACAUUUACUCGUUGCGAAUUUAUUGUUCACUUGUGACCGCCCAGCGGCGCUCUGUUGUCAUCUGAUUAAAAUGAGUUGCAUUCUUCGAUAAGCAAGAGGGAACACUGACCUUCUGUCUGACAUCGAGAGGUACUGUUUCGACGACGAAUAGAACAUUUCUGCCAAGUGAAACCGCUGCUGAGCCCGAGCUAAGCACCGAUACCCCAGCUUAUUAUAGAUCUCGUGACGAAGAUUACAAUUCAAUAAACAGCAACAACAAUUACAUCUACACAAUCAAAACGCAGAAGAAAACAAAUUGUGUUGUGAUUCAACAGCCAACAACAAAUAAGCCUAACACACCCAAAGCAGCAAACGGCAAAAAAGUAAUCCAAACACUAAGUGUAGCAGAGCUUGCAAAUCAUUUACAGUUAGACGGGAAGUACCCCACACCAGCUGAACGCUUGCCAGCGCAAUUGACAGCGAAAGCAACAGCCACGGCUACUUUACCCACGUCGAAGACCACACAGAGUAUACAAAGCAAAUCGGCGAAAAUGGCGUCUAGCGCUAACUUGAAUAGCACAGGGGCCGCCGCGGCACACUCCAUCUCCGAGAAGCAGCCUUGGCCCAACUCGAAGGACGACUACGAGCUGCGCGAUGUGAUCGGCGUGGGCGCGACUGCGGUCGUACAUGCCGCGCUCUGCCUGCCACGCAACGAAAAGUGCGCCAUCAAGCGCAUCAACCUGGAGAAGUGGAACACUUCUAUGGAUGAACUGCUCAAGGAGAUACAGGCGAUGUCAUCGUGUAAUCACGAGAAUGUUGUCACCUACUAUACAUCGUUCGUGGUGCGCGAAGAAUUGUGGCUGGUGUUGCGCCUACUGGAAGGCGGCUCUUUGCUGGACAUCAUCAAGCACAGAAUGCGCACAGCGAAUUGCAAACAUGGCGUCUUCGAUGAACCGACCAUUGCCACUGUUUUAAAAGAGGUACUCAAGGGUCUUGAGUACUUUCACUCGAACGGACAGAUUCAUCGCGACAUCAAAGCGGGUAAUAUCUUAAUCGGCGAUGAUGGCACCAUACAAAUAGCCGAUUUCGGUGUGAGCGCCUGGCUGGCGACCGGUCGUGACCUCUCACGCCAGAAAGUGCGUCACACAUUUGUCGGCACACCGUGUUGGAUGGCGCCUGAGGUGAUGGAACAGGAUCAUGGUUAUGACUUUAAGGCCGACAUCUGGUCAUUUGGCAUUACUGCCAUCGAGAUGGCGACCGGCACGGCGCCCUAUCACAAGUAUCCACCUAUGAAGGUGCUGAUGUUGACGCUACAAAAUGAUCCGCCCACUUUAGAUACUGGAGCGGAUGAGAAGGAUCAAUACAAAGCCUACGGCAAGACAUUCCGGAAAAUGAUUGUGGAAUGCCUACAGAAAGAGCCCUCAAAACGACCCACCGCCAGCGAACUGCUCAAGCAUGCCUUCUUCAAGAAGGCCAAAGAUCGCAAAUAUCUUACGCAAACAUUGCUCGCCUCCGGCCCAUCAAUGGAGACGCGCGUACACAAGGCUGCGAAGCGACAGCCAGGCGCCUCCGGUCGCUUGCAUCGCACCGUCACUGGCGAAUGGGUGUGGUCGAGCGAAGAGGAAGAUAACGGUGGUAAGCACCUUUCGUCUGACUCCGAAUCGGAUGAUCGACCCAUCAAUCGCCUGGAACGCGCCGAAUCUUCGGACAGUGAUCACGAUGACUAUUCAGAGACUACAGCAACCGCAACCGAACCGGUACAACAACAGCCAGCUGCGGCGAAUAUAGCGACACCAGCGGUAAACAUACCCACACCGGCAGCAAAUAAUGCUCAACAGCAACCAACAGACGCGGCGAUAACACAAGCCAUCACGGGUGUGGCGCAAAUGCCAAUGCCCUCAGCGAUGACGGAUGCCGGCGAAGCACCGCCCGUCAAUUUGGUGUUGCGCAUGCGCAAUCAACGACGCGAACUGCACGAUAUACGCUUUGAAUUUGCCGUGGGCAAAGAUUCAGCCGAAGGCAUUGCCAUGGAAUUGGUCGACGCCGGACUCGUCGACGCGUUGGAUACGCAACCAAUGGCCGUGCAUCUGCAACAGCUGAUCGAGCAGCGUGCCGCACUGAAAACCAUAACGUUCCAACUGAACUCGGGAGUGCAGCCGGGCGAAGUGCUCGACGACCGCUCGCUGGUGGGGUACGCGCAAAUAUCGAUAACGGAUUAGGAGGAGCAGAGCGCUUUAGCCGAUUCACCGGUAAAUGCUUGAGUAUGACGUUGGACGGAACAAAUCAAGCAAGCUUCUGCGCAUGUGUGGUUUGCUCGACUGUUCGGGGCUUACAAUUUUUACUAUUGUAAACAAUUUUUUUGCGAGUUCUUCAAAUGUAGUUUUUAAAAUUGUAAUAUUUUCCUUUAAUAUUAGCCAAACAAAGCAAAUGCCAACGCAUAGCAUAAGAAGUGGUGUAACUGUAAAUUUUAUUAAUUUAAUAAUAAUAAUAUUAAUAUUUUGAGCAUAAAACUGUUUAGUUCUUAAUGUAGCUGAGCGCUUUGUUUGCAGCAUACGCAUAGUGUAAAAAACUGAAAGUACUUACGAUUACAUAUUUUCGAUAUUUGUAGUUAUUUGUUGUAUUUUUUUAUCAUUAAUAUAAUGCGCCGUUCUUAUGCAGCCGCCUAACUCCAAAGGGAGCUAGUAAAAUACAUACUAGAAUGUAGUCUCUAAUUAACUAUAAUUAGAAAUUUAUUUUUAGAGUAAAGUCUAGCCUAGCAUAAUAUUUCGUUUCUGUAUGCUGCUAUAAACAAUACAAAAAAACGAAUAUAAAAGAAAAAAAUUCUGGUAUAACGUGUUGAAAGUCGUUUAAAAUAUGCUGAAAUGCUGAUUUUUAAAUAAAAAAUCUGCAUACAUACUAACAUAAAUUGUGAAUUUAUUUACGCUCAGUUUGAAAACUAUUGUACGUAUGUAUUUUAAUUAUCACUCCGUAGCAUUAUAUAUUUUUUUUAUUACAAUAAACAAUAUUACAAGCAGGCAUGCCUACAACAAAUAAUAAAUGCUAGGUAAAUCAUAGAAAAAAAUGUUCUAGCUUUUAGAAAUGCAUUGUAAUAAUUAUAAGAUGAAUACAAGGCGGUGCCUAAAAGCACACUACCUGAAUAAAAUAUAGAAAGCCCAAAUUUGAUGAUACUAAGGCAUGAAAAUGCAUUUCAACACUGGCAGACUACUACAAAUAAAAAUAAAUAUAUAUAUUAAAUAAAAUAAAAUCAUUUAAACCCCCAAUUACAGCAAGCUCUAGUGCGGCGACAAGGUCUUCUAAAGAUUUUAUUGUCGAAGUACAGGCACUACUUUUCAUACAUACAUGCAUCAAUUACUUACUCGUAUUUAGCAAACAAAAAAAAAUAAUAAUAAUAAAAUCAUAUUAUAAGUCAGAAAAUGUUUAUAAUAGAAUUUAGUGAAUAAUACAAAUUUUAAUAAGACAAAAUGAUAUUCAUACUUUUCGAAACAAUAAUUAAAUUUAAUGUAUGUUUUUUUUUGUAUGUAUGUCUGAAUGCUACAUGUGUAAACGUUUAAGUAUGGGAGCUGAUGAACCAGAAUUUGAAAACAAAAUACAUAUUUUACAAAACUAAAAAAAACCAAACAUUUCUCAAACAAAAUAUUUGCAGCAAAUAUAUAAUAAAUGAAAAAAUAUUUCCUUUUUAACUACAUCUGAAGCACGUAAAAAAGAAAAACGUAAAUUCGUUGUAACGCAAAUACAAAACAUCUUUGUAAUAGUUUAAAUAAACUACUACGAGAAUACUUAUUCCUUUAGAAAAUAAACA